CCUUCACAUUCCCCAUAACCAAACUUAGCUUCUUCUCCUUAUUCUUACUCUUCUUCUCGUUAUUCUUUCCUCGUUUUGUGCUGAUAACUUCACCAUGUUUCACAAAUUUUUAGACGCUAUAACUGGCCACCACGGCAAUGAUGGGAAGGAGAAGGUAAACUCCGCCAAGGGGGAGAGCGGCGGGAAGAUCAAAGGGACAGUGGUGUUGAUGAAGAAGAAUUUCUUGGACUUCAAUGACCUCAAUGCAUCGGUUAUUGAUCGUGUUGAUGAACUGGUUGGCAAAAGAGUGUCUUUGCAGCUCGUUAGUGCUGUUAACUCUGACCCUACUGCAUCAAAUGGGUUGCAAGGCAAGGUAGGAGAGCCAGCAUAUUUGGAAGAGUGGAUUACUACAAUCACUCCUUUGGUAGCAGAAGAGUCUACAUUCAAGGUCACAUUUGAUUGGGAUGAACAGAUUGGAGUUCCAGGAGCAUUCAUAAUAAAGAACAGUCAUCACAGUGAAUUUUACUUGAAAUCUCUCACGCUUGAAGAUGUUCCUAAUCAGGGUCGGAUUCACUUUGUAUGCAACUCCUGGGUUUAUCCUGCAAAACACUAUAAGAAAGACCGCGUUUUCUUCACUAACAAGUCAUACCUUCCAGGUGAAACACCGGUGCCAUUACAAUAUCAUAGAGAGCAAGAACUCCUGAACUUGAGAGGAGAUGGAACUGGAGAGCUUCAAGAAUGGGAUAGAGUCUAUGACUAUGCGUACUACAAUGACUUGGGUGAUCCGGACAAUGGCAAACCACGACCAGUUCUUGGAGGGUCUACUGAGUAUCCUUAUCCUCGUAGGGGAAGAACAGGCAGACCACCAACAAAAACAGAUCCUAAGACUGAGAGCAGGCUGCCACUUCUGAUGAGCUUAAAUAUCUAUGUCCCAAGAGAUGAGCGAUUUGGUCACAUAAAGAUGUCAGAUUUUCUUGGUUAUGCACUGAAAUCCAUAUCUCAAUUCAUUGAGCCAGCAUUGGAAUCUGUAUUUGACAGCACCCCAAAUGAAUUUGACAAUUUUGCUCAAAUAUACAAACUCUACGAUGAAGGGAUUCAGCUUCCCAAGGACCAUUUUCUUGAUGAUAUUAGAAAUAAUAUCCCCUUAGAAUUGCUCAAGGAGAUUUUUCCAACCAAUGAGGAUAAUCUCUUUGAAUUCCCAACACCACAGGUGAUCCAAGGGGACAGGUCUGCAUGGAGAACUGAUGAAGAGUUUGCAAGAGAAAUGCUGGCUGGACUGAACCCUGUCAUCAUUCGCCGACUUGAGCAAUUCCCUCCAAGAAGCAAGCUCGACACUGAACUAUAUGGUGAUCAAGAUAGUAAGAUAACCAAACAGCACAUAGAGAGCUACUUAGAUGGGCUGACUGUAGAGCAGGCAAUUGAGAAGAACAAGCUAUUCAUAUUGGAUCACCAUGAUUCACUGAUGACAUACUUGAGAAGGAUAAACACUACUUCCACAAAGACUUAUGCAUCCAGGACAAUCCUUUUCUUAAAAGAGGAUGGAACUUUGAAACCACUGGCAAUUGAAUUGAGCAGGCCACAUCCUGAUGGAGAUCAAUAUGGUGCCAUCAGCAACGUUUACACGCCAUCAGAAGAUGGAGUGGAAGGUUCCAUAUGGCAGCUGGCUAAAGCUUAUGUGGCUGUAAAUGACUCUGGUGUUCAUCAGCUCAUCAGCCACUGGUUGAAGACUCAUGCAGCAAUUGAGCCAUUUGUGAUAGCAACAAAUCGGCAACUGAGUGUGCUUCACCCAAUGUAUAAGCUUCUGCAACCUCAUUUCCGUGACACAAUGAAUAUAAAUGCGUUUGCUCGUCAGAUCCUCAUUAACGCUGGUGGAGUUCUGGAAAUUACAGUUUUCCCUGCAAAGUAUGCCAUGGAAAUGUCAUCUGCAAUCUACAAAGACUGGACCUUUCCAGAUCAGGCACUCCCUGAAGACCUCAAGAAUAGAGGAAUGGCAAUUGAGGAUCCCAACUCUCCACAUGGUCUUCGCCUACUGAUAGAAGACUACCCAUAUGCUGUUGAUGGGCUUGAAAUCUGGUUUGCAAUAAAAAACUGGGUCAAAGACUAUUGCUACUUCUACUACAAAAGCGAUGAAAUGAUGCAAAAGGACACUGAACUGCAAUCCUGGUGGAAGGAACUACGCGAGGAGGGUCAUGGUGACAAGAAAGAUGAGCCCUGGUGGCCUAAAAUGCAAAGUCGCGAAGAGCUGAUAGAGACAUGCACCAUAAUCAUAUGGAUAGCUUCUGCUCUCCAUGCCGCUGUCAAUUUUGGACAGUAUCCUUAUGCAGGUUUCCUUCCUAACCGUCCAACUAUCAGUCGAAGAUUCAUGCCUGAAGAAGGAACUCCUGAUUAUGAUGAGCUAGAGUCGAAUUUCGACAAAGUGUUCCUGAAAACAAUCACUGCUCAGCUGCAGACUCUUCUUGGCAUUGCUCUUAUAGAGAUUUUGUCAAGGCAUUCAUCGGAUGAGGUGUACCUGGGACAAAGAGACACACCUGAAUGGACAUCAGAUAAAAUCCCUUUGCAAGCAUUCGAGGACUUCGGAAAGAAAUUGGGAGACAUUGAAGAAAGAAUCAUAACAAGAAACCAUGACAAUGUGCUCAAAAACCGCGUUGGCCCUGUCAAUGUGCCAUACACUUUGCUUUAUCCUACCAGUGAAGGUGGCCUUACUGGCAAAGGAAUUCCAAACAGUGUUUCAAUCUAGAGCUAAAUCUUCCAGCUACACAUUAAUAUUGUACUAUAUUGGAAAUAAAUGUACCAACUUUGAUCUUCUUAAAUGGUUAUGACAAACAUUGAACUAGUGCAAUAAUAGAGCCAUUUGUGAUUGCAACAAAUUGGCAAUUUUCUGUGUUUA